CUAUAAAUGUUUGAGACAGCCUUCGUGCGCGUUAUCUACGCGUUCGUUUGGCAGAAGUUCCUUUAUUCAAUAUGUUGGUUUUACUUAUGAUAAGUUUCUUAGGAGUAACUCAGUGUCUCACUUCAGAAGUGGAACCUAGAUGCUCCCGGUUCCAUUAUGAAGAACAACUUCUCGAGAAAAUGAUAAGAAUGGAAAUAAAAGUUGAAGACAUUGAAAAACGUAUUUCUAAAACGAAUCAAAAUGUAAUCGACGUUUUAGAGGACUUGAAAACCGAAAGGACGAACAUGAAAAACGAUAACAAGGAAUUGCAAACAAACUAUGCGAAAGAAAUGAAGGAACGAAUGACAGAGAUCUCUGAUUUAAAAGCAUUGCUGCUUACAGACACGAUUCCAUUUAAAUCGCGAGGACCCGCCGAUAUAAGCCUUGAAACCGGACAAAUCAUUAUCUUCGCAAACAAUAUGUUGAAUAAAGGUGAAGCAUACGACAAAUAUUCCGGAAUAUUUACGGUCCCAAUGAGCGGAACUUACAUAUUUAUGAUUCAUCUGUGUAUUAGUGCCAGCAAAAACAUGUAUUAUGGUAUAAUGGUUGACGAUACUGUUUACACGUCUGGAAGAUUCUAUGACAGUGACGCAAACACCUGUUAUACUGCCGACGCUUUAGUCGUCCUAAACGGCGGUGAGAGAGUUUACGUCAAAUGUUUAUAUGCUGCGUCAUCUGGUAACGUACUGAUUGAGUACUCCUCGUCAACUAAUAACUACUGGAACACGUUCUCUGGUUUGCUUGUUCACAGAUAGAUUCAAACACAUUCUAAAAGGAAACACUAUUGAUUGAUACCGAUAAUAUAUUUUAUGAAUUACAAGAUAAAUUAGCGAUUGCUCUCUACUUACUGUGCAGUAAAACAUAAUGUAUUUAUGUGCAUUUAUAAUGGAAAAUUUGAUAUGUAACUCAAAAAGUUUACAAUAUGUUUCUGUUUAUAAGAAAAACAAUCUAAUUCAUCAAAAGAAAUAUCAGUUAAUUUUAUCAUCUUUCACUGUAUUUCGAUAUGUAGUAAAAUAUUUAUAUAUCUAAGUUAUCCAAUUAUAGUCUACAAUAUAAAUUGCUUUUGUUCAUAUUCCAAAUCUUACCAAUGUAUAAACAAUUAAUCACAUUUAUAUACCAUAUUCUAUGCUCAAUUUUAAACACAUUUUACUAUAAUUAAAUCCACAUUUUUUAAACGAAAGACAGAAAUAUCGCACACUAAAAACCAAACGUUUUUGACUUGAACAAAAGGAAAAUGUAUAUAAGACAAAACAAACACAAAAAAUCUAAACAAAAGACAAAACACAAAAUAAACACGCACAUAUACACUUACUCGCCCACGAAGUCACAAACACAUAAACAGCAUAGAGACAAGUGAGCUAGCUUCAUUAAUUUCUUUAAGUUUUAUGGUUUUGAUUUUGAUAUUUUUAUUUGUUUAUCAUUUGUUUUUAUUUGUUAGAGUUUUUGAUAGUUUACGACAUCUUUGUUUGUGUGAUUCAAUAUUGUGUAACCUGGAUUGAUUAAACAAUUUUAGCAUUAUGUCUGCAUUUUUUAUUAUGAACCAACCAUAUUUUCAACAUGAAGUCGUUUUCAUAAUUUAGUAUAGAGCAUAUAUAAAGAUUACCCAAUAA